AGGUGGUUUGAAGCGUCAUUUUCUUUGCGAUAGGAGAAAAUUUUGGGAUAUAUCCCGCAAACUCGCUUGUGAUUCCCAAAAUUUAGAGUACAGAGAUGAUGAUGGUGGAUAAUCAUUUGCAAACACAGACGCAACUGCAGUCAGAAUUCCAGUACUGGCUUCCAGUUCUUCGUCGAUUCGGCCCUGACGAUCCUUUCUUCGCUUCUGGAAAUAUUGAACGCGAACUUCUCGCUAAACAGGUUGCUCUGGAUUUAACCGAAGAGGAAAAACAACAGCUUAGAAAUUUGGAAGACGAGCAUAGGGAGGUGUUCUGUCCAAUAGUCGGUUGUGUAGCACGCUUGAGAUCCUUGGCAGAGUUUGAAGAUCAUUACAAUGCACGGCACACGGCCUGUUGCUCUGUCUGCUCUAGAGUAUACCCUACAUCUCGCCUGCUUAGCAUACAUGUAUCUGAGGCACACGAUUCCUUCUUUCAAGCAAAAGCCGCACGAGGUUAUCCUAUGUAUGAAUGCCUUGUUGAGGGGUGUGGUGUAAAGCUCAAAAGCUACAAGAGUCGGCAUCAACAUCUAAUGGACAAACACAACUUCCCGUCUUCAUUCGAGUUCUUUAAAAAGUCCCGCCCGUCAAAAAAAGAGCGGGUGAAGAAAACCCAACGGAAAAAGCAACAACAUGCCACAGAAGAUGGUGAAGGAUCAAGUGCAAUGCAAGUAGAAGAAGAGACUCUCGAUGGCCUCGUUUCCGCUCUUUCCAAGUUGACUCCUUCAGAUUCGUCUCCUUCGGCCAUCAGUUUUGGUCGUCGGCAUACUCGUGGUUUGGCGUUUGUCCCUCGAGUCGUUCAUCGUGAAACAAAGAAAUGAAGUUUUGCAGUGUGUGAACUAGGUAUGAUAGUAGCCAAUUACAGAUCCAAGGAUAUAGAAAAGGGUGGGUGGUUUUCAUUGUGAAAUCUUAAAUAACAUGUCACUUAUCAUGUUAUUUUUAAGAUGCUGAAAACAUUGCAAUCUUCUCUUUGUUUUCUCAAGGAAACAAUGGUCUUUGAUU